AUGUCCCCUGGUGCGGCCGUCACUCGCUUCGUGGGUGAGAAGAGUGCUGACUUUGUGGCGUUGGGUUCGCAUGGCCAAGGCAGGGUGCUGCACAAGUCCCUGGCGAGUUAUUUGAUGCAGAGCUUCGCCCAUACCCGUAUCCUUGUUUGCCCGUUGAAAGACUGGGCGCCAACGCAAGCGCGGGGGCUGAAGUACACGGUGGUGUUUGAUGGAUGCCAAACAAGCCGCAACGCUCUGCAAGUUCUCAGCAGUUUUACUACUGAAGAGGACACCGUUGAGAUCCUUCAUGCCCAUGUGGUGCCACAGCCAGCGCCGCGGGGAAAGUUCCGAACGACGAUGACUCCACCUUCUGAGGAGGAACUGGCGAAGGCUCUUCAGGAUUCAGAGGAACUUUUUCAAGAAGCUGCAGGAAUCUUGCGAGGUGGAUCGGUGAAGGAAGUGCUGGGUACGCACAUUCAGGUUCUUCCAGGUCAGCAAUUGGGUGAACAGCUGUUGGACAAGGCGAUCGGGAAUAAGUGCGACGUGUUGGUGGCCGGUACCAAAGCAAUGCCGGGCAUUGGCAGUUGGGUUGAAAACUUCAUGAAGGGUCGCACGGUGAUGGGUGUCCUGCACCUCGGCAAGGGCCAGCUGGGCGGGGUUGCGAGGCCCGAAAAACAUAUGCAACAGGUCCCCAAAGAGAAAUGGAGAGAUAGAUGUUUGACUUUUGGGAGUGCAGUCAAUAAUUCCAUUCAACUUCCAAGUUCCCGUCUCUGCUUAGGAUCCAUUUGUGGCUGCUAG